AUGCCUGGAACGUGGUUUCUCCCGCCGGAUUUCACCUUCACCACUGAUGGGCCGCUCCGUCUAGGCAUGGUAAUUCCACACUGGUUCAAGCCGACCACUGUCCUCGCGGCUGUAGGCUCCGGCACGGCAAGCGAUAUCAAGCUGCCAACCACCAAGACUAUCGUCGAACCAAAUCACAUCCACAGCCGCUCAGAAUCGCGGUCCACUAGCCAGAGCCUGUGGUUCAAGUUCGAAGGAACCGCCUCUGCAUCAGCCAGCGCUGACAUCGGGAAGAGUAAUAGCAUCGACUACAGUGAAACAGAUCAUGAAAUUCAGUCUUUCUCCGAUCCGCUGAUGCCAGAGACGGUGACCGCAAUUGCCAAUCUGCCAGCCGUGCGCGCCCAAAUCGACUCCGGCAUGUUUGGCAAGCGCGCCGUCUACAUAGUCUCGGGACUGCGCAUAGCCACGUCAUCAUUUACGGUAGCGAAGGGAAAUUCCUCCAAUUUUACAGUGACAGCCGAGGGGUCCGGGCCGCCCACAGCGACUGUGCCCAUUGAGAUUGGGGGAGAAGUGAAGCACGACGGCCAGAAGAAGGUUACCGACUCGUACGACACGGCACCGGGGAUUGUGUUCGCGUAUCGGCUCAAUGUUAUUCGAACUCGAAGGGCAGGGGUAGAGACAGAGCUAUUUAGCCAUAAGAGCGCGUUCCUGACCGGUGCCGGAGACAAAAGGGAGGAGCCAUUGGUCCUUGUCGAAGCGACGAAAGACGAAAUCGACGAGGACUUGGAGGAAGAGGUCGAGUACGAAAGUGUGGAGAUAGGGGAGGACGAGUUGUGCAUUUAUCUACCAUCAAAGAAAUGA